GCCCGCCCGCCGCGCCGCCCGCCUGAGCCGCGGGGCUUCCUGAGGGAGCGGCGGCGGCGGACCCCAGCGCAGCCAUGUGAUGCCGGAGGAGCGCGGUGGCGAUGAUAUGGAAUGUGGGCAGCUGCCUUCGGACACGCUCCGACAGGUGACGGUCCAGCGCCACCCCCUCUACGGAUUCGGCUUUGUGGCUGGCAGCGAGAGGCCGGUGGUGGUGCGGUCGGUGGCAGCAGGCGGCCCCUCUGAGGAUAAACUCCUGCCAGGAGACCAGAUCUUGGCCAUCAACGAUGAGGAUGUGAGUGAAGCCCCCAGAGAGAGAUUCAUCGAGCUUGUCAGGAAGGCCAAGGACUUCAUCAUCCUCACGGUCCUGCACACCCACCAGUCUCCCAAAUCUGCUUUCAUCAGCGCAGCCAAGAAGGCGAAGCUAAGGUCCAACCCCGUGAAAGUCCGAUUUUCAGAGCAGGUGACAGUCGGCGAGACAGACCCAGACAUGUUGAAGAAAGAAGCUCUCCUCCUCAUUCCCAAUGUGCUGAAGGUUUUCCUGGAGAAUGGGCAGAUCAAAUCCUUCACCUUCGACGGCCGGACCACUGUGAAGGACGUGAUGGUGACAUUGCAGGACCGCCUGUCGCUGAGGCACAUCGAGCACUUUGCCCUGGUCCUGGAGUAUUCCAGCCCGGAGCAGAGCCACCGCUUCCUGCUGCUCCAGGACAAGCAGCCACUGGCCCAUGUUGUGCAGAGGACACACUACCAUGGCAUGAGAUGCCUCUUCCGUGUGAGCUUCUUCCCCAAGGACCCAGUGGAACUGCUGCGCCGGGAUCCUGCAGCAUUCGAGUACCUGUACAUCCAGAGCCGCAACGAUGUGAUCAGAGAGCGCUUCGGCACAGACCCCAAGCCAGAGAUGCUGCUGGGGCUGGCUGCCCUCCACAUCUACAUCACUGUCUCAGCCACCCGCCCCAGCCAGAAGGUCUCCCUCAAGAAUGUGGAGAAGGAGUGGGGCCUGGAGCCCUUCCUGCCCCCCUCGCUCCUGCAGCUCAUCAAAGAGAAGAGCCUCCGGAAAUCCCUCUCGCAGCAGCUCAAAGCCCACCAGCACCAGCCUGGCGGCACCAAGGUCUCCACAGCCCAGGCAAAGCUGCAGUACCUGAGGAUCCUGAAUGAGCUGCCGACCUUUGCUGGGGUCCUCUUCAACACCGUGGGGCUGGAUGAGAAGCAGCCAGCCACCACCCUUCUGGUGGGACCCCGACACGGCAUCAGCCACGUCAUCGACCUGAAGACCAACCUCACCACGGUGCUGUCGGAGUUCAGCAAGGUCAGCAAGAUCCAGCUGUUCAGGGAGAACCAGGGGGUGGCCCGGGUGGAGACAAGCAUCCUGGAUGCCAAGCCGCUGGUGUUGCUGAUGGAGUGGCCUGAAGCCACCAACUUUGCCUGCCUCAUCGCGGGCUACUGCCGUCUGCUGGUGGACUCCAAGAAGAUGAUCCUGUCCAGGGCCCCCAGCCAGCCACCCCCGCCUCAGAUUAUCAAGGCAGAUUACAUCAACGCACACAACUUCCACCGGCCUGCCGGGGCAGGGCACGUGGGAAAGAAAGAGAACGGGCUGGUGGGUGGCUCUGCCACUGUCACCGGAGCAGCCGGGGCUUCCGCCACCAGGGCUUCUGACUCGGAGCUCAUCCGCUUUUGCUACCUGCACAUGCGAGAGCAGAGGAAGGAAAGAGAGAGCGGCACGGAUAUCAAUGAAAACCUGAUUUUUUUUGAGGAAACUCGUCCCAGGACCAAAUCUGACCCCACUUCCAAAAGCUCUGGCCAAGGCUACAACGGGGCGGCCAACGAGUACGACCUGGAUGGCCUUGACCAAGACAGGCACGCGAGCAGGGCCAGGGCACACACCAUAGACACCCACCUGCGGAGCGACGCCUCGCACUUCUACUGCGAGUCCUGCCAAGCCAAAAUCAAGAGCCGGCUGGCCUCAUGCAUGGGGGGCAAGCCUGGCACCACCCGGGACAACAUGGUGGACUUGAUGUCGCUUCCCCCUCCCGGGAACGAUGAGGAAGAAGACGAGACAACGUCCCUGCUCCCCGCCAUCGCCGCCCCUCCUCCUGGCUUCCGAGACAACAGCUCCGACGAGGAUGACCCCAAGCGCCGGGCGGCAGCUGCCCAGAGCCAGGAGCAGGGCCGGCACCUCUGUGGCAUCCUCUACGACGAGAUCCCUGUCACGCUGAUAGACAGUGUGCAACCACGGACAGUCCGGGACCACGCCCAAGAGCUGGAUGAUGCCCUGGUGUCCACCCUGCAGGCACUGGAAGCCCUGGCUGCUUCAGAGGAUUGCCCACAUCCCCCACCACAGCAGACAGCAGGUCUCAUUGUCCUGGCUGCCAUCACUCCCGAGUCCUCCUUGGACUCUGGCCAUGAGACGAACUCCUCAGAGCUCACCGAUGUCUCAGAGAUGGUCUCUGCUAUGAAGCAGCAUCAGAACGCAGCCUACUUCCUCACACAACACAUCAACAAAGAAAACCUCCUGGCCAGGAAGGACUUGCCUUUCCGAAUCCAGAGCUGUGCUGCCCAGGCUGUUCUCACCUCACCCUACCCCCUGAGCCGCCAGGAGCCAAACCCUUCAGUGAAGCCAGCUUCCUCUCCCCAAAGUCCUGGCCUUACCAGCUGCAACAGCAAACAGGAGCAGCAACAUGCUGAGCAGAGCUACACCUCAGCUCUCCAGCCAGGGCUGACCCCCCAGCUCAAUGAGCAGAACAAGGGCGCUCCAGUGCCAAGCACUGAAAGCAAAGGUGCAGGCCACACAAAAGCUGCCUUUGAGGUAUGUCUGCAUCCCACAGCAGCCCUGAGCAGGGAGCAGUCACAGGAUCUACAAGAGAAGGUGCCCAAAGAGGUGCAGCCAAGCUCCAAGCUCCUCCUGGAUCAAAAAAGCUGUGUAACUCCAGCCAUCAUUUCAGCUGCUCUGCAGCAAGUGGCAAAUGCAAAAGCCUCAGCUCCCCAAGUGGUGUCAGCCUUAAAAGAGGACCAGAAUGUGAAUGGUGCCAGCAGCUGUGCAUUAGCCAGCAGCAAGCCUUUGACACUUAAAGGAGGUCCACAAACUGCAGAGACAUUAUGCAACUGUCAGCAGCAGCAGCAGCAGCAACUCUCUCAGCAGCAGCACUGUGAAGUCUCUCCAAGUCCUAAAGAAGCUCAUGGCAGUCAGGCUGAAGCUUUCCACCUCACCUCAGCAGGUGAGGAAAUGACGUCCAGUAAGACUUUUGCCUCUAAAAGCUACCAGCAAAAAGUGAGUAAAGAUGUUCCAGGAAAAGCUGCAAGCGGAGAGACAGGGCAGAAGGCAGGUGGGGAACCCACGAGCCUCGUCUUGCAGAAACACACAGCUCCUUCAAACCCAGGACAGAAAGUGCAACAGGAAAGUUCAGCCAAAAUCUUAAAAGCUGAGAGCAGCAAAGUGCACUCUCCGUCACCUGCUGGCAUUUUCAGGAGCACCAGUGAGGAAGCCAAAGGGCCAAUCCAGCUGAUGCCCAGAUCUGAGAGCCUGCAGAUCAGCACUGUGCCUUCUAAAAAAGUAGAAAAAGUACUGGAGGUGACCCAACAAGAUGCUGACGUCCCAGCUAAACCCAAAGCCCCAAAAGCUCCCUUCAGGUUCAGGAAGCUGUUCUCUGCAACGUUUCCGACCCGGCUGAAGAAGGAGACAGACGAGCGGCAGGCCCAGCUGCAGAAGGUGAAGCAGUACGAGCUGGAAUUCCUUGAAGAGCUGCUCAAGCCAAAGAGCAAAGGUGACCUCCCACCACAGGAGUAUCUGCACCCACCUGCCCCUGGGCGCUGCAGCUGCCAGCUAAGGAGCAGUCCUGUGCAAAAAGUCCCGGGGAUGUCCAGGGAGCAAAGGCGCAGCUGUGACUGCAAGAGGAUUUGCAGGGGAAUGAGGCCACCCCCAAAUCAGUUGGUGAUAUCCGAACUGGAGAGGAGAGGGAGGGAUAAAGUUGCAGAUGACCAGAAGCAAGUAGAAGCCAUUAGGCUGACAAGCAUGAGCAGCCCUUCCAAAGGCAAACGGAUACGAUCCACAAGUUUGGAGUCCAGAGACUACCGGUCAGAUCCAGAGAACGGCGUGUCCUGUCUGGCAACGUGCACUUCCCCAGGGGAGUGCAUGGGAGCCCCGCACUACAGAAAGCUCUUGCGUCGCUACAGUGUCAGUGAAAUAGAUAAGACUGAUAGGACGUCCUUGUCCUCUGACAUCUACCAGAACAUCUAUACGACCAAGCAGAAAGGUCCCCAGAAAGAGCCUGAGCCCAGCAUCAUCUGUCCUGUUCUGAAGAGCAAAAUCCUGGAAGCCUCUGGAGUGGCUGACCCCUCCUAUGUGCAGAUAGCACAGGAUAAAAAGAACCAGAAGGCUUCAGGAGUCUUCUCUGUCCAGGAGGAGAUGUACCCAAGUCCUGCUGAGCUGCGGGAUGAAGACACAGAGGAUGAGAAGUGCUGCUCCAUCCGGUACUGCUUCUACUACAGGAAAUGUGAUGUUGCAGAUGAUGGGAGUGAAAAGGAUGAGCUGUCCUAUUCCAUCCCCAUGCAGAUACUCCCAGGAAUGAAACUGGACAAUCAGAUGGUCCCAGUCAUGAGCAGGACUCUCCAGGUCCUAGAUGCAACAGCCUGCAGCAGUCCCAAUGACAGUCAGACCCAGGAAAUAGAUUUAAGGACCUCCAGUUUCGAGGGGAGCUUGGCAAAGAUCAACACCCUUCGAGGCCACGCCUACAGCUUUCCCAACGGGUUUCUGCAAGUGCAGCUGGACACCAAUGAGCUCCUGACUAUCCUGAGGCAGUGUGUGCUGAGCCCUGAUGUCCGGGACUGCAAACCCUACAUCUCCCAGCUGGCUGAGUACAAGCAAGAGCUCGCCCUCAAGUUCAAGGAGUUUCGGGCGUCCUGCCGCCGCGUCGCAGCCGUGGACAAGAGCCCUUCCCACAUGCUCUCUGCCAUCACGAGCAGCUUCCAGGUGCUAAGCAGCCUCAUCGAGACCUUUGUGAGGCUGGUGUACGUCGUGCGCUCGGAGUCCCAGCGCCAAGAGCUGCUGACGAAGGUGGAGGAAGUGGUGAGAAACUACACCUUCCUCCUGAAGGCUGCGGAGGAGUCCACGGCCAGGAUGCUGAGCCACCAGCAGACCGUGGAGCAGCUCGCCCGCCAGUCAGCCACGGUUGCCACUGUCAUGAGCACGCUGACACGCUCCCUAAAGACACUGAUCAAUAAGUAAGCCAGCUGUGAAGACCAACAAGCCAGUGUGUGCCAGGCCAUGUGCUGACAGUUCUCCAGUCUCACGGGUCUGGUGAGGAUGCGUGUCUGCAGCCCCACAUCCACCGGAGUUCGCAGUAGCCAAGACACUCUUUGAUCUCCGCAGGAUGGAUGGUGGUGUUGGUGGUGGUUUUGAAGGGUGAAUUCGUGCCCUGUCACAAGCUGUGCCAACCAGCUCAUUGGGGGCUCAAGCAGCUUCUUUGCUUGUUCUCCCACACUGGCCUCGUCGGUGACGGUACUUGGGAGGCACAGCUGCCCCAUCUCCACACUAAUUUGGUUCUGUGGGGUUCUGGGCCUCACUGGUGCAAGGACCUUUGUCACAGUUUGUGGUGGGCCAGUGAGUUACCAGGAGCUGAGCUGAAAUCUCCUGGCUUCACUUGGGCAGCGUGGAGCCAAACCAGUGUCUUGCCACGUAAACAGCUCUUCUGCCUCCAGGAUCUUCCUGGCCCACAAAUACGACGUCAUUAGCAGCAGAAGGGAUCUACAGGGAUACAGCAGGGGUGAAAGUCCCUGCUGCUAUGCUAGGGCUUGGGAAGUAGUCCCAGCACGGGCAGGAUGCCAUGAUCCUGAGACAGAGCUAGGUCACCCUACUAGGCUCUACUGUCACAGCUUAGGCACCAGUGCUCUAGUCCCAAGCACAGGUACUGCCUGUGCAAAAGGCAUGGGCUUAAUGCCUGCAAGUAGGGAGGAUCCAGGGAACUACAGGUCUGUCAGUCUGACCUCGGUGCUGAGAAGGUCAUGCAGCAGAUCGUUCUGAGUGCUACCACAUGGCAUGUACAGGACAACAAGGGGAUCAGGCCCAGCCAGUGUGGGUUUGUGAAAGGCAAGUGCUGCUUGACCAGCCUGGUCUCCUUUUAUGACAGGGAAGCUCAGUUAGUGGGUGAAGGAGAGGCUGUGGGUGUUGUGUACCUAGACUUUAGUAAAGCCUUUGACACUGUGUCCCACAGGAUUCUCCUGGAGAAACUGGCUGGAUGGCCGGGCCAAGGGAGUGGUGGGGAAUGGAGUUAAAUCCACUUGGGGUUGGUCACUAGUGCUGUCCCAGGGUUCAGUGUUGGGGCCAGUCCUGUUUAACACCUUUAUCAAUGAUCUGGAUGAGGGGAUUGAGGGCACCCUCAGUCAGUUUGCGGAUGACACCAGGUUGGGCAGGAGUG